CGGAUCGGGCCAGGGGUAACCAGGGCUAGCGGAUCGGGCGUCCUUCCACGGCGGACGCAGCGAUCAACACCGAUGUGUUACGUGACACGUCUCCCCCACAAGUCAGCUAGCUGGCUCACACACUCACGUUAUCUGGGGCUAUCACUUCUCCUCCGCGCCUUUCCUCUCCACCCAACCCCCAUUCUAUUCGCUCCGCUACUCCCCCUGCUCUUUGUGAAGCAGCGGAGUGCCAGCAUACACACACACGCGCACACACUCUCACUCUACACUCACAUGUGUGCCUGCUGUGGCAGCCGAGAUGAGAAGGCAGCACUCAUUCUCUCCCUCCGUUCAGGAACUGUAGGGGAAGAGAGGAGGCUUCCGGGGAGGUUUGUGGAGACGCUCGUUGCUGCAGUGGGUUUUGUGAAGGAGAUCUUGGAGGAGAGGAGGCUUUUUGUGGUGCUGGCGGUUUGGCCGACCAGCAGAGACACUAGCUACUGUAUUCUGGGUACUGUAUUCAGGACUAUAGAGGAAGUGUACUGUGGAGCCGAGCACAUGAGACGCAGCCCGUUAUCUGCUGCUAUAGAGGGACGGGCGAGGAGAUUAUAGAGAAGAGGCGGGCAGAGGUUUUGUAAAGGUAAUUGUCAGGAGACGUUUUGUUGCUUUAUGGCCUGAGGCACUGCUGCUAGAAACGGAAAGCUCCAGUGAACAAGGUGGUGUUGUAGAGCGGGCAAAGGUGUUUUGUCCGGAGACAUGGAGCGCUUCUUGGGCUUUGUGAAGCAGAUCGGGAGGUCCAGGAGGCGGAAGGGGAAAAAGUACCGACCAGAGGAGGACUAUCACGAGGGAUACGAAGAUGUGUAUUAUUACGCCUCCGAGCACCUGCAAAAUUUCUGCUACAAAAGCGACGAGGAAGAUGAGGGGCCAUACACAAAGCACUCCAACCCCUCCAGGCCACCGGAUGGAACGCUGGCCAUCAGGAGACAGAGUAUCCCAGAUGAGUUCAAAGGCUCCAGUGUGGUGGAGUUGAUGAAGAAAGAGGGCACCACUCUAGGUCUAACCGUCUCCGGGGGCGUCGACAAGGAUGGGAAACCACGGGUGUCCAACCUGCGCCAAGGAGGCAUCGCUGCUAGGAGUGACCAGCUCAAUGUGGGGGACUACAUAAAGUCUGUGAAUGGGAUCAACCUGACCAAGUUCCGUCACGAUGAGAUAAUAAGCCUGCUAAAGAACGUUGGAGAACGCGUGGUUCUGGAGGUGGAAUAUGAGCUGCCGCCUGUCUCUGUUCAAGGCUCUGGGGUGAUGUUCAAAAAUGUAGAGGUGACUUUACACAAAGAAGGCAAUACGUUUGGCUUUGUCAUCAGAGGAGGAGCCCAUGAGGACAGGAACAAAUCCCGCCCCGUUGUAAUAACGACCAUCAGGCCAGGAGGCCCUGCAGACAGGGAAGGCACAGUGAAGCCGGGCGACAGGCUCCUGAGUAUCGAUGGUAUUCGUCUCCACGGGACGUCCCACGCUGAAGCCAUGUCCAUCCUCAAGCAGUGUGGACAGGAGGCUACGCUGCUCAUCGAGUAUGACGUCUCCAUAAUGGACUCCAUAGCCACCGCCUCUGGUCCCCUGCUGGUGGAAGUGGCGAAGUCCCUGGGGUCUAGUCUGGGCGUGGCCCUCAACACGUCCAUGUACUGCAACAAGCAGGUCAUCAUCAUCGACAAGGUCAAGCCCGCCAGCAUCGCAGACAGGUGUGGGGCACUGCACGCCGGCGAUCACAUCCUGUCCGUGGAUGGGACCAGUAUGGAGUACUGUACCCUGGCCGAGGCCACCCAGCUGCUCGCCAGUGCCUGUGAACACGUCAAGAUGGAGAUUCUGCCCCACCACCAGACCAGGCUGGCCCUCAAGGGCCCCGAACACGUCAAGGUGCAGAGAAGCACGCGGACCCUCCCCUGGGAAUCCUCUUCAGCCAACAACAACAGCAACUUCCUCCCCUACCAACACUAUAACACCUACCAUCCCGACCAGUCCCAGAGACACCAGGCCUCCAAGCACCACAAAACCUCCCCCAGCAACCCCCCUCUAGGCUCUUCCUUCUCUCCCACCUCCAUGAGCGCAUACAGCCUGAGCUCCCUCAACAUGAGCACGCUGCCCAGGAACAUGUACCCAACCAGCCCCCGAGGCACCAUGAUGAGGAGGAAGCUCAAGAAGAAGGACUUCAAGAGCUCAUUGUCUCUUGCCAGCAGUACCCUGGGCCUAGCAGGCCAGGUGGUCCAUACCGAGACCACAGAGGUCAUCCUGGUCAGUGACUCCAUCAUGGGCUUUGGCAUCCAGCUUCAGGGGGGGGUGUUCGCAACGGAGACCCUGUCCUCACCCCCACUUAUCGGCUACUUGGACCCGGAUAGCCCUGCCGAGAGGUGUGGAAUCUUGCAGAUAGGUGACCGUAUUCUGUCCAUAAAUGGGAUCCCUACAGAGGACAGCACACUGGAGGAGACCAAUCAGCUUCUCAGAGACUCCAGCAUCACCAGCAAGGUCUCUCUGGAGAUAGAGUUUGAUGUUGCAGAGUCUGUCAUCCCCAGCAGUGGAACCUUUCAUGUGAAGCUACCAAAGAAGCCUGGGGUGGAGCUGGGCAUCACCAUCAGCUCUCCAUCCAGUAGGAAACCUGGAGAUGCACUCAUCAUCUCUGACAUCAAGAAGGGCAGCGUGGCUCACAGGACCGGCACCUUGGAGCUGGGUGACAAGUUACUGGCCAUUGACAACAUCCGCCUGGACAACUGCUCCAUGGAGGACGCCGUGCAGAUACUUCAGCAGUGUGAGGAUCUGGUCAAACUUAAGAUACGCAAGGACGAGGACAACUCAGACGAGCAGGAGUUGUCUGGGUCCAUCAUCUACACGGUGGAGCUGAAGAGAUACGGGGGCCCUUUGGGGAUCACCAUCUCAGGUACCGAGGAGCCAUUCGACCCCAUCAUCAUCUCCAGCCUCACCAAGGGAGGACUUGCCGAGAGGACAGGAGCCAUCCACAUCGGGGACAGGAUUCUAGCCAUAAACAGUAACAGUCUGAAGGGGAAACCCCUUAGUGAAGCUAUCCAUCUGCUCCAGAUGGCUGGAGAGUCAGUCACCCUUAAGAUCAAGAAACAGGGCGAAUUGGCCAGUCCCAAGCAGCCGUCCGUGUCCGGUCGGCUGAGUGACGUGGGCCUGAGCGAUGUGGAGGACGAAGCGGGACUGGGGGGUCUUGGGGUCCUUGUAGGCCAGGCAGGGAGCCAGAAACCUGGGAAGCAGCUCUCCGACCUCUACUCCACCACCAUCCCCUCUGUGGACUCGGCCGUGGAGUCUUGGGACGGCUCAGGCAUCGACACCAGCUUCAGCGCACAGGUCCCAGGUUUACAAGCAUCCGGCUACAGCUUCCACAGCCACGAGUGGAGGAACGCCAAACCAAGCCGAGGCAGCCUGUCCCCGGGCAGCACCAGGCAGAGGAACAACCUCCUGGCCGACCUGGGUCUCAGUGACGACGAGUGGGACCGGCCCACCGCCAGCGGAGUUUCUCCACUGCCCACCGGCCUAAUCAGUGACAGCAGGUUCACCGUGGGUCAUGACGGUGCUGAGCCAGACCAGGAAGAGAACUUCUGGUCUCAAGCCCUGGAAGACCUUGAGACCUGUGGCCAGUCUGGUAUACUGAGGGAACUAGAGGGGGAGCCAGACAGGCUCCUGAAUAAGAGAAACUUGGCCAUCUUGGCCACCAUAAUGUCUGGCAGUAGCCUUAGCCUGAACCACGAGCCCUCCCCAGCACGGAGCCACCUGGGUCGGCAGGCCAGCUUCCAGGAGCGCGGUGCCGCGCGGCCGCAGUACAACCAGUCCGCACGAUCCAACACCCUGCCCAGCGACGGGGGCCGCAAGGCCUUCGCCAUGAAGAAGAUGAAGCAGGAGAUGAAAGACAUCAUGACGCCCACUCCUGUGGAGCUGCACAAGGUGAGUCUGUUCAAGGAGUCAGACCUUGAAGACUUUGGCUUUAGUGUGUCAGACGGCCUGCUGGAGAAAGGUGUCUAUGUAAACAACAUUCGGCCUGGAGGACCUGCGGAGGUUGGAGGGCUGAAGUCAUACGACAGGCUGCUACAGAUCAACCAUGUGAGGACCAGAGACUUUGACUGCUGCCUGGUAGUCCCUCUGAUCGCAGAGUCGGGCAACAAGCUGGACCUGGUGAUCAGCCGGAACCCGGCUUCAUCCAUGACCGGUUCCCAGUCUGACCUGAACCAGUUGCCCAAUGAGGAGCCGGUCAUGAACUGGACCGAACCAGGGGACGGCCUCCUCUCCAGCCCGCCAGCGACCCAGAACCACAACCAGAACCACCACUCCUUGUCCAGGAUGGCCGCCGGGAUCGGGGUGACCGGGAUCGGGGUGGCCUUGGCCGGGGCUGGUCUAGGGGUGGAUGAUAGAGAGCCCACUAAGACCUUAUAGCAGGGUGGAGGCCCGAGGCCGGCUCUCCCUGUCUGAGAGCUAGCCCCAGUCCUGCCCCCUUCCCCAGCCCUGCGAGCAAGCCCCC